GCACUUCUCUGUCUCAAAGGCUCCUCUCUUCUGGAGUGGUGGAGAUGGCAGCAAACUUUGCCUGCAGCUUUGCCACACUUUGCUGUUUUGCACUCUGGGGCUUCACCAACACUUCAGAUGCUGUGUAUGUACCACCGCCUCAUUCAACCAUGAAACCCGGCUUCCCUGUACCCAUGAACACCAACAAUUCCGGCGUUCGCAAGGCAGCUCGCUUUGGCGUUUACCGAUACAACAACAGUUCCAAUGACCUCUUUCUGUUUAAAGAAUUGCAAAUAGACAAAGCCAUGGUGCAGAUCGUCAGAGGGCUGAAAUACAUGCUACAGGUAGAAAUUGGACGCACAGUGUGUCAGAAGAGGGAGCACUCCAGGCUGGACAGCUGCAAAUUCCAGAGGAAGAAAAAGCUGCAACGAGUGCUGUGGUGCUAUUUUGAGGUCUGGAUGAUGCCUUGGUUACAUAAAGCACAAGUUUCCAUUGCUCUCUGUCACUGACCCACCUUUUACCCACAAGAACAUGACUCACAGGGAGAAUUUUCA